CGCUUACGGUAAUACAAAGUUUCUAAGCACUUAACAAAAAUAAAAUUAAAGUAAUGUUAUCCUACAAAUUAUAACAAUAUAAUACAUGAUACAAUACAUUAACUGACUACAAUACAUUAACUGACUACAAACAUGUGAAACUUUGAAUACCGGGUACUGUUUUUUUAGCAUCAAAUUUCAAUAACCAUGACAAAGCAACUUCUAAUUAAAAUGCACUGCGGUUACUAUAAAAGUAUUUUCUGUCAUAAUUACUAUUAUUGUAAUGACCUACAUGCACGUGUAUGGUCAAUACAAGUUUGUAUCAUUUACAUAAUAUAACUUCAAAGCAUCAACAUUAAAUAGUUACAAAAAUAAUAAGGGCUAAUCAAUGUCAUAUGAUUAAUGUAUUCAAAUGAGAUCGAGCAAAAAUAUCUUUGCAUAGAAAUGGAUAUAUACACAUUUGUUUUGAUUUCCAAGUCCUGCAUAUACAAAUACUGUACAUGAAAUCUAUAAAUAUAAUCAAGUAAGUAUUAAUAUUGUAACUGUUAAAAUAAAUCUGGCAAUUUUAUUUAGAUUCUGUGACCUAAAUUCUUUCUAAACAUCCACAUGUUUGUUGAUCAACCACAUGAUUUAAAUUCAAUACACACUCGUCUUGAAGAUAUUACAUAAUACUGAAUAAAUCCCUCUUUGAUACAAUUCAAUGCACAUUUAAGCUUUGAAUGGUCACUCUUGUUGUCACUACAUCAGGAUGUAAUGCAGAAAUAUAUAUUCCUGCUUGUUUUGAAGAGUCUUAUUAUGAGACUACCAGCACUUUGCUUAAGCUUAAGAUUAUACUCUGAGACACAAAGUGGGGAAUUUCUUUGUUCUCUCCAACCAUGUGUUCUGGGACUAGGAGCAGACUCCAUGCAGUCAUUCUGAUUGUCAAUGUGAUGCAGUAAGGUCAGAAUUACAUAACAUUCCAGCAGAAAGUUUUAAGUUAUUUUUUGGAACAAACAACGACCCCUAUUCGGUCAUGGAAACCGCAGAGCUCCACAGGAAAGCUCUGUCACAGACAUGUCGUGUAUGCGGCUCGUAUGUGAAAAACAAGAAAAGCCUGUCUUCCAAGGAGAAGUAUGAGGAGCUGAUUCUUAGCGUCUAUGGUAUUGACUUCAAGCUAGACGACGAGGAUGUUCAUCCCCCUAGAAUCUGCGUAUCAUGCAGACUAUGGAUGACGAGAAGUGAUAGUCGCAAUGCUGAAGGACCAACCUAUCCAACAAGUGGCAAAACUCUUGCCAAUUUCUCUGCCCACCCAGAGCUGGAGCCGUGUUCUAUAUGUGAGGCAUAUCAGGCAACUAAAUCAACCAAACGGAAGGCUGUAGGAACAGAUGGCCUUCCUCCCCCAAAGAUACCAUCAGCUUCAGUUUCUGGAACGGAUGAACAGCAAGCUUCCUGCAGCUUCACAGCCCCUUCACCCCCAACUGCCAGAAUUUAUCAGCCAAUCAAACCACAGACGAGAAGUGAUAGUCGCAAUGCUGAAGGACCAACCUACCAUCUGUGUUCUGUAUGUGCUGCAACUACGUUAACCAAAGAAAAGGCUGUAGGAACAGAUGAUCUUCCUCCCCCAAAGAUACCAUCAGCUGCAGUUUCUGGACUGGAAGAACAGCAAGCUUUCUGUAGUUUCACAGCCCCUUUACCCCCAACUGCCACAGCCCCUUUACCCCCAACUGCCACAAGCUAUUGGCCAAUCGUGCCCAAGGACCGGGCUCCUUUGACACGCAUUCUAUUCUCCCCUGUCCUAAAUGUACCAUCAACUGCAGUUUCUGGACCGGAUGAACAGCAAGCUUUCUGUAGUUUCACAGCCCCUUUAACCCCAACUGCCACAGCCCCUUUACCCCCAACUGCCACAGCCCCUUUAACCCCAACUGCCACAGCCCCUUUAACCCCAACUGCCACAGCCCCUUUACCCCCAACUGCCACAGCCCCUUUACCCCCAACUGCCACAGCCCUUUUAACCCCAUCUGCCACAGCCCUUUUAACCCCAACUGCCACAAGCUAUUGGCCAAUCGUGCCCAAGGACCGGGCUCCUUUGACACGCAUUCUAUUCUCCCCUGUCCUAAAUGUACCAUCAGCUGCAGUUUCUGGACCGGAUGAACAGCAAGCUUUCUGUAGUUUCACAGCCCCUUUACCCCCAACUGCCACAGCCUCUUUAAUCCCAACUGCCAAAGCCCCUUUACCCCCAACUGCCACAGCCCCUUUAACUCCAACCGCCACAGCCCCUUUACCCCCAACUGCCACAGCCCCUUUAACCCCAACUGCCACAGCCCCUUUACCCCCAACUGCCACAGCCCCUUUAACCCCAACUGCCACAGCCCCUUUAACCCCAACUGCCACAGCCCCUUUACCCCCAACUGCCACAGCCCUUUUAACCCCAACUGCCUCAAGCUAUUGGCCAAUCGUGCCCAAGGACCGGGCUCCUUUGACACGCAUUCUAUUAUCCUCUGUCCUAAAUGUACCAUCAGCUGCAGUUUCUGGACCGGAUGAACAGCAAGCUUCCUGCAGCUUCACAGCCCCUUUACCCCCAACUGCCACAGCCCCUUUAACCCCAACUGCCACAGCCCCUUUAACCCCAACUGCCACAGCCCCUUUAACCCCAACUGCCACAGCCCCUUUAACCCCAACUGCCACAGCCCCUUUACCCCCAACUGCCACAGCCCCUUUACCCCCAACUGCCACAGCCCUUUUAACCCCAACUGCCACAGCCCCUUUAACCCCUACUGUCACAUCCCAUUUACCCCCAACUGCUACAGCCCCUUUACCCCCAACUGCCACAGCCCCUUUACCCCCAACUGCCACAGCCCCUUUACCCCCAACUGCCUCAGCCCUUUUAACCCCAACUGCCACAGCCCCUUUAACCCCUACUGCCACAGCCCAUUUACCCCCAACUGCUACAGCCCCUUUAACUCCAACUGCCACAGCCCCUUUAACCCCAACUGCCACAGCCCCUUUAACCCCAACUGCCACAGCCCCUUUAACCCUAACUGCCACAGCUCUUUUAACCCCAACUGCCACAGCCCUUUCAACCCCAACUGCCACAAGGUAUCGGCCAAUCUUGCCCAAGGGCCGGGCUCCUUUCACACACGCUCUAUUCUCCCCUGUCCUAACUGUACCAUCAGCUGCAGUUUCUGGACCGGAUGAACAGCAAGCUUCCUGCAGCUUCACAGCCCCUUUACCCCCAACUGCCACAGCCCCUUUAACCCCAACUGCCACAGCCCCUUUAACCCCAACUGCCACAGCCCCUUUAACCCCAACUGCCACAGCCCCUUUAACCCCAACUGCCACAGCCCCUUUAACCCCAACUGCCACAGCCCCUUUAACCCCAACUGCCACAGCCCUUUUAACCCCAACUGCCACAGCCUCUUUAACCCCAACUGCCACAGCCCCUUUACCCCCAACUGCCACAGCCCCUCUAACCCCAACUGCCACAAGGUAUCGGCCAAUCGUGACGAAGGACCGGGCUCCUUUCACACGUGCUCUAUUCUCCCCUGUCCUAACUGUGCCAGCAAGGAAGUCCCCUGCCAGAGCGAAAGGCAGUCUACACUAUGUGCGGAGAGAUUGCGCAAAGAACAGAGCCAGAGGAGCCCUGGACUUCAUGACCUCACACAGUGCUGCCAAAAAUGAGAAUGAGACAGACCUCUGGUUCUUCGGACUUCACAACAGGUUGAGGAAUGAAGAAGAUGAGCGAGCAAAAAUGGUAAUGGAGCUUUGGACAGAAAGGAAGAAAUCAACUGAUUUGUCUGUAGAUGACUGCCUGGCGAUGCGCGUGGGGACUCUUUGCACCAAAGGGAUGUAUGCAGAGAAAUACAGCUUUUUGAAGUCAAAGGGGAACACGACCUUCAAACCACCUGGUCAGCUCACCAACAGGGAAAGCUGUUACAUGCCCGGCAAUGUGAGGUUCGGCCUGAUGGAGGGAGGGAAAUGUGUCUAUCACACUCCUGAGAAAUCACUGGAAGAGUUUGAUGACCAUUCGAUGUAUGAGCCCAUCCGGAUCAACGUGCGGAGCAAACUGACUGAAUUUGCACUGCCAAACUGUAUUGGCGUCGCAUGGAGCUACCCAGAGGCAGUUGCAAAAACCCUGGAAGAGCUCGAUGAAAACAUCCGAGAAGGAAUGCUUAAAGUCGGCCUCAACCCUGAUGACCCAUCCAUCAUCAUUGACACCACCUUGAAGGAUGGGGCAGAUGGGAUGGGGGAGAUCGCUGUCCACAAGAUGAAGUCAGACACAUUCCUGCCUGACAAGGCAUUUCGGGCUUCGUUUGUCGUCUUGAAAUGUGAGGUCAAGCGUGAUGAUGGAACAAGGGAUCUGGUCUUCGAGGAGCCCAAGCCCAACUCAGUUAUCGUGAAUCGGCCGUUAUUGGAGGCGAUUGGCGACGAAAAUUCUGCAUCAACCUCAGCCGUACUCAUGCGUAAGAUGGAGAAAGAACGGCUAAUCCUCCAGAACAGUAUCAUGACAAUACAUGCCGGCACGUACACUAGACUACAUCGAUUCACCAUAUACAAUAGCAUGAUAGACGAGAAGCUUGCACGAUCAUCAGGGGGGCUACAGGGAAGUGGGUCAAACUUCAUUUGCACGCUCUGCCACGCUACAAAAACAUCAGCAAAGACACAACUAGGAUCAUUCAAAAUUGACAGAACACUCACAGAAACACAACAAACAUCAACAUACAUCACAACUAAUCCUGACAAUCUCACACCUGAUGAACUGACCACGGAAGCGGGCGGCGUGAAGCGCAAACCACUUCUCACAUCCGAACCGAAGCAGCAAUUGAUGGACGCGACCCAUGCUGACAUCAAUCUCGGCCAGUUCUUCAAGAAGAUCAUUGUGAGGGAAAUGGCAGGUGUGCAUAAAUGGGAGGCCUCCGAAAAUGUUAAGCAGUACAUUGUAGAUGCAGAGAGACGUCUCAAUAUUAACGUGAGAGAGUUACUGGGAACAGCGCCAAGCCUCAUGAUGCCAGGAAAUUAUGCUAGGGCCCUCUUUAAAGAAAAGAAUGAGGAUGUUUUCUUGGAACUGAUUAGGAAUGAGGAAAGAAAGGAACUACUUCGCUCAGUUUUGCAGAAGUUUCGGGCAUUGAGGAAGAUCUAUCGAGAGCACCACCCAAACAAGAGAGAGGUACAGGGGUUUAAGAAGAAAGCUGUGCAGAUAGGCAGGGAGCUCCUAGAGCACUUUGAAUAUGUGUGCUGGCCCAACUACCUUCACAAGAUCUUCGAACACACCCAAGAAGCAAUGCUCUCGGAGGAUGGGCCAGGAAGCAUUGGAAUCUUGAGUGGUGAAGGCAGCGAAGCGGCCAACAAGCUUUUUCGCAAGCUUCGGAACAACUUCUCUCGUAGGGGAGAUGUGUUGGAUGGGCUAAGGGACAUCCUGUGGUUUCACUGGCUAUAUACGAGUCCGAAACUUGUACGACUUCGAGCUGUAACACGGGGCACGUACACGUGCUCCAGAUGUGGUGCAGAAGGACACAACAAAAAGUCCUGCAAUGUGAAGGCAACAUAAAGGAAUGCAUGAUAAAAUAACUCUUCUCCAAUCGAUUCUGUUUAAUUCCAGAAUUUACGAUCUUUAAUAGAUCUACAGAAGUCUCCUAGCGAAGCUUGUGAAAAGGGCAUCAAGCAAUGUGAUUCAAUUUCACAUUGUCAUGAUUAUUAUUAUCUUUGUACAUUGUGUUUAUCACAAUUGCUAUUUUUGUGCGAAGUUUACCUUGCUGUUAUCAAAUAAAUUGCUCUUGAUUACAAUUAAAGGAAUUGUACGAUCUGAUUGAGAGGGCAUUUUUUAGUGGAAACAAAAAAUAACCUUGAUGUAUGGGUUCGUUUGUAAACUUUUUCUGGCCUAGAAUCUGCAUUUUUCAAACGUGUUUCAGGCAAAUUUGCAUGAUGAUAAAUGCAAGCACAUUUUCAGAUGUGUAUAAUGAAAUGCCGAAAAAGGUUUUGAAUGUGAGAAUGAGCCAGAAUCACGUUUUUGAGAGAUGAUUAAUGCAAAGCUGUUUUGAAACACAUAUAUAUAUUUCAAACCUUCCCAGGCUAAUUUCCGGUUCGGAAAUAGCACGCGCCAUGUGCCGAGUAAUGUUUCAAGCGUGCCUUUGUCUUCGUCUAUUGCUCAUUGUUAACGUAUUGUGCGAUAACAUGCUUCAACUAUAUCGACCAGUUAUCGCUGUUUAUUAUCCUUUACCUUCAAUUACCAUAAAAUUAUGUCUGCCAGUGCGAGUUCAAAGGCGAAAGGUUCAAACUGGGAUGCCAAUGAACUCGGGUGUUUGCUGCUUCUAUGGGCAGAACCAGAUAUUCAAAGGAACUUAAAUGGAAAUGUAUGAAAUAAGCCCAUAUCUCGUGCAGUAAUUAAGCAGCAGCAUGAGUACCCAUCCCAUCGUUGAGCACAUAUUACCAACAAAGACAUGUUCAGAAUACGAACAUUUACUACCUGCAUGUUUACAAAUACAUGCAGACAACAGGAUUAAAAAAAAGCCAGACUUUUUAAACAUAUUUAGAACGCGACAAUAUUACAAGUACGUAGAUCAUAGUAGUAUUAGUACUUGGAUCGAAAAUGAAAAAAGCGCACUCUCUAGUUGACCUCAUGCUUCCUACUAGGUCAAAGGGCGCAAAGCAGCUGCACAGAGGCAUGGCCUUCAUUUCAAAUCAUGAGUUGAUAAACGCGACAUCCCGCAAAUCACGUUUGUACAGUGUGGUUUGAUAUGUACAUAUAUUGAAACGCUGUUUCUGAAUAGCAAAAGUUGUUACACGCACCUCAUAUUGGUUCAGAAAUGGCUAAAAUAUCUCAGUACAAUAAAUAUGCUUUUGAUAAAUUGUGAGACACACAGUUAUUUUAUUAUUUUCAACUGACCCUUAUAAAAAUCCAGGCUUUGUGAAAAUGUAUCUACCGGUAAGUGACUUUGACUUUCGGAACUUUGGCGUUCGUUCAUAUAUAUGCCAAAUAGAUUAGACAUCCUGUCCAUUUCUGAUUUGUAUAUUAACCAAUACCAUACUCUUUCAUACAUAUAUCCAGGAGGGUGAGCGGGGACGAUUUGUUGAAUCAUUGUUUGGAUUCUCAAUUGCAACACUAGUCGAAAUGGGUCAGGAAAAAGUCCACAAUUGUGAAAAGCAAUGAGGUUCACACAUCUGUUGAAGGGCAUCCAACACUCAAAGAAAGGGAAGGAGAGGCAAAACAAAUCCUAACUCAAGAAGUCUCUACUAUUUGGCAUACAUAUGUUAAAGAGAUAGUAGUUCAAGGGAAAUUUCUAGAUCUUCUAUCAUUAAAAAGUAAUUGUAUGAUUUGGAAGAGCAUUAUGUAUAAUUUGCCAGUGAAACUUCUUAAAUUUCUUGUAAAUGCUAUUAGCAACACCUUAAAACACAAGGGCAAAUUUACUGAGAUGGGGCAAAUCUGCAACAAACAAAUGCAGGUACUGCGAUUGUGUUGAGACACUGAACCAUAUUCUUAAUUGCUGUACACUAUUUCUAUCUCAAGGGCGAUAUGCCUGGCGCCAUAACAAUGUACUAAAAUGCUUUGUAGAAUAGAAGUCGAUCAUAACAGAAAGUAUAUCGCCCGAUAAAAAAACAAACCUUCACGAUAUUGCCUAUUUAAACGGCUACUUCCCUGUCUCACCCUCUAAACAAUCCCAGUGUCUUGUAGGGUGUGAACCCAAACAAACACUAAUACCUGACCUUUUUUAUCUAUGAUGAAAAUAACCAUAAAAUUCAUGAUCAUGGAACUGAGAGUCCAAUUUGAACUUAGAAUAGAUAAGGCCCAUCAAUAUAAAGUUGAUAAAUACUCGUCCCUUGUCAGAGACAUUCAAAAUAAUAAUGGCUAUGAGGUAGAACUGUUGGCAAUUGAAGUCGGUUCCUGUAGUUUUUAUAUUUCAUCAAGCAGUAUACCCAGACUAAAAAAGAUGCUGGGCUACAUGUACUUGCAUAAUUUUACAAAUUCCCUUUUUUCUCAAAUGUCUAGGGAUGUAUAGAUUUUAACCAGUAAAAUGACAUGAAUAAAUGUAUAGCUCUGACUAUUAAUUAUAUACAAAGCGCAGGUCUAAAGAAAAAAAUUCUCGGGAGAAAAAUUAAAAUUAGUGAAAUUUUGUGUACAAACGAAUGGAGAGCUGCUCAUUAGUGACAUCACUCAGAGUUGCCAACUUGUUUUACUCUCUAAUUGUAUAACUUUUUUUUUUAUUAUGUGUCCAAAUUUUCUCAAACUUUCACUGAUUUGCUUUUCUAAUUUUUCUGCUUUCAUACAAAGCAACAAGAUAAUCAGGGUGGACUUGCCCUUUAAAUUUUUACGCUUUAUGCUCAUGUUGUAUUUUAUUUGCUUUGACUAAGGCAAAAGAAGGACAGGAGUUUAUACUUUCACUACUGAGAUAACAAAAUGCAUUUUUCCUGGCCUCACUAGACAUUACAAGCAUCAAGUAAAUUUCAGUUUUUAGCAAGGUAUGAAUUUAUCUCUGAAAAUGAAAAUGAAAUAUAACACUGCUAGUACAGUAAUAUAUCAGUAAGAUUAUGUACCAUCUGAACUACUGCUAGGCACAAGUUGAAACUUCCUUGGCCCUACCGCUUGUUGUGAUAGAACUCGAUGAUUGUAUAAUAUUAAAACUUACAUGGGUGAUAGCUGUUUGGAAUAUUUUAGAGACAUUCACUAAUUUCAUCUUCAUUCUGAGACCAAAAACUGUUUGAUCAGUGUGUGUGUACCAUAACAGCAUUUGUUCAGUUUGGAAUAGUGCAUUUUUUCAAAUGAAUUCUGCAUGUUUUCAAAUGAAUGCUGCAAACACACACUGAAAUAUCAUUUUUGUUCUUACAAUGUGGACAGAAAUAAAUCUCUGGUAUACUAUUGAGCUUUAGGCAGUAGACAUGGACCCAUUUUCCACAUCGUGGUGUUUCACACUGUACCCAUUGUAUCUCCACAGUUCCUUCUGCCUCAGCGAUAGUACACGAUGGUAAUAAAUCACAUUUCUCUGGCUUGUAUUUCCUGUCGGAGAGCAUAGAGAUUUGUUUUGAGGUACCCCCAACAGAGAUGAUGCAGUCAGGUGCCAGGGUUAAUAGAACAUGCCCAGCUGUGCCAAACUGAUUGUUAUUCUGUGUUUUAGGCAAGAGUUUGUAUUUCUUCCCGACGAUGUCGAGUAUAAAUACUCUGGAGGAUGCAUGUCUUGAUGUCUUAGGGAUGUCAGAACUGUGCUGCAGUUGAAAUCCUCCGGAUACGAGAAUGUUAUAGUUUACUUGAGCUGUUGCAUGGUAUGAUAUGUACGGGACUGGUGUACUGGGACCAUCGGAGGCAAGCGUAACAGUAGAAAGAACUGCAGUGUCUGUAUCUUGGGAGUUCAUCGUUAGCAAGAGUACUUCAUUGAUGGGUAUUCUUGUGGUGGUGUUCUUGUCAUGCAUCACUCCUCCCACAAAUGCAAUGACAAAGCUUCUAACCGUUUCCAAGCAUUCGGCAGUGUGAUAUGUUCGGGCUAGGGUAGCUGAUGGCACAGGGACUCUCCUCCAUAUAAAGGUAUCUAGAUCUAAUAUAUAGAAGGUCCCAUCUCUGCAGGCUAAUUCCCACUCAACGCUGAAGCUCUUCCGCUCUUCUUGUUCCAUAACUCCUCCAAACAGCAAUGCCUCUUUGGUCUCUCCUAGUCUAGUUAGAGUGUGCCCUGUCCUUGCUAUUAUAAACAAGUAAACAAAAAUAGAGAAAGACGGCACAAUACAGUUAAAUAUACUGGGUUGCAACCAAACAAUUCAAUUGAAGCAUUUUAGUAUCCUACUCACACUAGAUGAAGUUCUUGACAGUCUUGAACUGUUCACAUACGGAACACUUCCUUUAUUGCUUCUGGUUUUAGAUGUAUGACCUUUAAAAGUUUGAAUUUGUGUCUGUAGGCCUACAUUUGGUUCAUCAUGUGCGACUGUACAAUUCAUGUAAUAUUUGAAUCAGAUUGAUGCAUGAACAUGGUUCAUCAAAUUGAAAGUGCUUUAUUUGUAUAUAAUGUAAAUUUUGGUGUAGUGUUUUGUAGUACGUAUGUGUAUGGUUAGGGCCGUGUUAUUUUCAUAUAUCACUUAAUUGUAUGAAAAUGUGAUAAGAGUAUUUCAAAUUGAAUUGCUAUUUUUCACUAGUUUUGUCAUUUUCUAAAUGCAUGGACUUAUUCAGAAUAACAAUUGAACUGUCCCGGCCAUCUCAUAAUAAUAUGAUUUUAUACUUGUAAAUAGAUUGUAAAUAUCUGACUUUUUUUGUUAAUGUUGCAUAACAUACCAUGUGGAACUGUUCCUUUUUGAACUGGAACUGUGUUGCCUCUUCGUGAUGCCACCAUGUUAGCUGUCGUUGGCACAUAUUUAAUGUCGAAAACUGGUGCACCUGUCGCUCCACGCCGUCUUCCUUCUUCUAAAAUGAUAAGGUCAUCUUUGCACCUGUACUCCAUGAGAUCAAAACCUCCCCACACAUAGAAGCGACUGUCACUCUCUAUGGCAGCUGCUGACUGUAGAGCAGGCAUUCUACCACCUAAUCAAUACAAAUAAGAUAUUUAAAAGCAUAGUUAGCAUACUGUCGAAUAAUAAUGCUAAUAAUGACAAAAUUCAUAUUGGAGUUAGAACACAAUGUUUUGUUUGCACAAUGCAUUAUAAUCAUUCAUAUAUUUAUUACCAACUGAUUUCACAUACUGCUGUACAAAUUAAUGUAUUACAUUUUUGUUUAUGAACAGCGGAAACGACUUGUAUCUAUUCAUUUCCUUUACCAUGUUUUACUUUACUUCUAUAUACUGGUCAACCUACAUGAUUUUAGACGUUCUUGUCAGUGUGCUACUACAUGUUCUCAUAUUUUGUUCUUUUCUCAGUUUUAUACUACAUGGUUUCAGUUUACCUACUUGACAUUUUAUGCAAAAGUUUUUAAGCUAGGAUUAAUUCCUCAUGUUUAUGUUCAGUAUCGUAGUUUGAUUUUCUCUUUGUGCUUUGUUUUUGUUAGUUGUUUUGUUUAUGAAAUGUUAUACAUUUUAUUUACCAUCAUGCUAUAUUUUACAGGUCUUCUUGGUGCACCAGUUGGUCGGGAAGAGGGACCUUUACGGUUACAGUGAUUUAGUUUGCUUUCCUCUUCCCCGGCAGCCAACUGAUGCACUCAGAGGACCUCCAGGAAGAUUGUGCAUUUAUAAUUGACAUUCUAUUAAUGUUUUUUUACUCAUAUUUACAUUGUUAUAUUUUUUGUGAAUUGCUGAAUAUAUAAUAAAUACAUAGAUAAAAGGCAACUAUCAUAAUGGAGGCCCAGCUUAGCGUGCUAGUGGCUGUCACAUGUUUACCCCCCUGUACUUGCAGGUUGCUAUAGUAAGUAACAGAUGAGAUUACUGUGUCUGUUGAUUAAUUGGAGGUAAUUAAGUUACAUAUUCGUGUUUGUCCUUAAUCAAGUGGGAUUGAUUAUACAAUCUAGUAAUUUGGCUAACUUUUAAUUCAUCCAGUCUGAAUUUGACAAAAAUUAAAGCCUAUCUGCACUACUUUGGCCAGGAGGGCCUCCCUGGAGUCCCUGUAUGGUCACUGACGGGUGGUUAUCUCAUCAAAUCAGCUCUCAGUUAACAAUAAAAUAAUAAUACUUUGUUCUUAUAUGGGACCAACAGGUACCGCUUAUAGAUUAUUUGCUAUAUUGAGGGCGCAAGUAGCUACAAGAAGUGCAGUGGGGCAUUAAGUUACUCAUGGUGCAUAUACUGAAGGAUCAAGGCCUUUAGAAUAUGCUUCUGUUACAGUGUUUUUUUUUCAAAUAUAAGGAGUACCCAUUUUAAACAUUGGCAUGACAAAACUCUUUUUUCCAGCUAGAAUUUUUAGAUAAACUCAUAUUUGAUAUGAAUUAUCUAUGUGUAUAGGGGAAAAUGGAAGAAAAUGACUUUUCAAUGUUUUUUAAACUGGUGUUUAAACUGUAAGUAAAUAUUUAUCAUAUAAUUUUCUUACUCUGACGUAACUGUUUCAAGGAGCCUGUGACAUUAAGUGGUGAAUUGUGUUUCAUGGGAAUUGUCAGUGGUAUUGUACUCUAUAGUACCCAUUUCCCAUAUAUUGAUGUACUACUGCAGUAGAAGAAUUAAUGAUCAACUUUGCAAAAAUCUUUAACCUACAAUUUAAAGUUUUUAAUAUAGUUUUUGUUUUAGAAUACCGGUACAGUAUCUAAAUGCAUUAUCAUAUAUUGUUCUUUACUGGGACAAUUGAUAUGCACAUAAUAAUAUAGAAUAUUUUCAAUUUCUUAUCAUUAUUUUUGUCUUCAGUAGACAACACAUACAUAUUAUCUCAAUUAUUAGUGAUGUAGACCCAUUACCGCAGUGUGUUGUUAUCCACGAAACUGUAUAUUAUAUUGGAUAAUGCAUGCAACAAUUUGUUGCCUUUUUGCUUUUAUUCACACAAUAAAACUAAGAAGUCUGACAAUGACUUAUUAUUUUUGUACAGAAAAA